AGCUAGAUAGCUUUUAUGCAUCAGUAUUAAAACUGCUGUGGUUAUCUUCUCACCAAAGUUAGCUGAUCAAAGUCUUGACUCUGCAUCGGCUGACCAGCGCCGCGACGUAAAGCUACCUGUAUUCGAUUAACCUACAAAUCCUUGUUACACCUCUCCUGAAGGCAUAGAAUGCAGUCCAGCUUGACGUGCCAGUCGGCCCCAGCCUCGCGGAGGUGCUGCGGACAGCCUUUCACUGCAAGCAAAGUCGCACCCCGGCCGCGUGUUACCUCUGUUACAUGUCGGGCAGCUGUCGGGCAAGAUCCCCUACUUUUACGUGUUGCAAGGGGUGAAGUUGCCGAGCGGACACCAGUAUGGCUGAUGCGCCAGGCGGGUCGCUACAUGGCGGCCUUCAGGGAAUUUUCCGACAAGUACCCCUUCCGCAUGCGCUCCGAAACCCCUGACAUCGCCAUCGAGCUGUCGCUGCAGCCGCUGCGCGCCUUCGGCACCGACGGCAUCAUCUUCUUUUCCGACAUCCUCACGCCACUGCCGGGCAUGGGCAUUGAAUUCGACAUGGUGAAGGGCAAGGGACCUGUCAUCGCGGACCCCGUCAGGUCCAUUGAGCGCCUUAAGCAGCUCACUCCGCUGUCCGACCCCGCCUCCCGCCUUCCCUUCAUCUCCUCCAUCCUCUCCACGCUGCGCUCCGAGGCCGACAGCGCGGGUGUGACGCUGCUGGGCUUCAUCGGCACGCCCUGGACGCUGGCGGCGUACUCGGUGGAGGGCAAGGCGGACAAGGACUGCAAGGAAACCAAGAAGCUGAUGUUCCACAACCCCGCGCUGCUGCACUCCUUCCUGGACUUCCUGACGGAGCACCUCAUCACUUACGCGGCGUACCAGAUUGAGUCCGGCGCCCAAGUGAUCCAGCUCUUCGACAGCUGGGCGCACCACCUGUCGCCGCAGCAGUUUGCGGAGUUCAGCCUGCCGUACGCGGAGCGCAUCACGGCGGCGCUCAAGCAGCGCUACCCGCAUGUGCCCGUCAUCAUGCACGCGAAUGGCGGCACGGGCAAGCUUGAGCUGAUGCGCGGCUCCCAAGCUGACGUCAUCGGGCUGGACUGGGCGGUUGACAUGGCCACUGCGCGGGACACGCUGGGUGGCAACGUGCGCGUGCAGGGUAACGUGGACCCCAUGGUGCUGUUCGGCCCCGAGGAGGCCAUCCGGGCGGAGGUGGAGCGCUGCCUGAAGGCGGCCGGACCCACGGGUCACAUCCUCAACGUGGGACACGGAGUGGUGCAGGGCACUCCCGAGGCCAAUGUGGCGCUGUUCUGUGAGCUCGCUCGCCAGUCGGGCGCCUUCCACGCCAGCCAGGCGGCAGCGGCGGCCUGCUGCAAUGGAGCCAGCGUACGCGAGCAUGUGCUGGCGUGAGGGCGGGUGCGCAUGUGCGGUUGAGGACUGCAAAGGACGGUUGUGGCAGUGGCGGCUGGAAAUCAUGUGGGUGGCAGCGCGCUUAUGCCGGCAUCUUUGCGGUUUUGGUUAUCGCUGUGGUGAUUAUCGCUGUUAUUAUUACUACUGCCGUGUGCUGUAACAAUUUGUUGUGGCACUUGCAUGGAGGCAAUGCCCUCUCGUUGGUCGCCAGGUGGCCUCUUCCAGGGGGCUGUGUCUCAGCUCUCCAAGCCCGUCGUGCGCCGGACGGACUAGGUAAUACUGAGGUGAGCAUGCGAUGGCAGGGGUGUGAGGGCAAUGCCCUCGUGACCGGUAGGUGUAUCAGGUUGGCUUUGUAAGUUGGUACCUGUUAGCUCGUUGUAACUGGGGAUUCCAGAGGAUUCCGGUUGUGGAACCCGUUGCCAUUAAUACACACCGACGCUGCAUUUUGGCUGUGUUGGCUGCUUUUUUGCAACAUGCGACACGGCUGGUCAGGUGGUUGAACUGUUACGCUCACCAAAAGUAAGGUUCCACGCACGGGACGUACUCGAUAGCGCAGUUGGGUGGGAAAACUGCUUCGGGUGGUAUGUGGUACGGCAGGCAGAUUGGUUCCCAAUGCGACUCUUUCACAUGCUUCAAAGUGUAAAGCUGCGGCAAUGUAAAGAUUGGCCACUC